UGUGUGUGGCGGUCCGGGCAGCGAGGUGACGAGCUCCGUGGUGCAUUCGACGUCUGCACCGUCCUCCGGACUGACAGGGCCGAGGGUCCAAUGAGAAAAGUCGCCAUAUUGAGACUGUCAAAUCAAAGCCAGAGAGGAGGCGCCGUCCCGACGUCGUCUCAAUUACGUCAUGCACAAACAGCUGGUCGUAGGGAAAAAAAAGGAAAAAAAAAAAAUUGAAAAAAUGUAGAGCAGCACAGCGGCUGAGAUCUGCACCCGGGCUGGAGCCCUUCUUACUCAACAUUUCACUUUUAACGAUGUGGCAGCUGGAGCGUCGCGGCUCAGGAUGUAGCCCUCCGCGGCUUCUCUUGCGUGUUUGCGCCGCGCUGUGUUUCUUCUGCGCGCUCGGAGAUUGCCUUUUUGUGACUGAAUACUUCACCCGCACGCCUCGUAAACUCAAUGCUUUCAACUCGUUUGCCAGUGUGGAACUGUUCCACUUCAAUGUGCCUGAUGACACCAUGAUGGCCGUAUGGAACCUCAUCACCUUCAAGGAGCAAGGGGGCACGUUUGGAGACAGUUGCCCAAACCGCAAUGUGACUGUGUACUUCAGGUCGGGGGCUCCACCAGUAAUCAACCCCCUGUACACCCGCUUCCCUCGGGACACGGUCGUCCCAGGAUCCUUUGCUGUGACUCUGACCUGGACUCUACCAAACCGCACGACAGGAGCAUUCAAUGUGACCAGCCCGCUCCCCGGAGACUGGUUCCUAGCAGCUCAUUUACCGAAGGAUGAAGGCAAGAUCUCUGUCAAGGGUCUGUCGGAGGAAUGCCAGUAUCUGUUCCAACCUCAGCUCAUUGUCCAGAGGCUAAUUGGGAUUUCAGUGCUUUACCCUGGAUACUUCAUUGACCAAAUGAUCCCCAUCCAUAACAGAUCUGCACUUUAUAAGGUGUUCAUCCCCAAUUAUAUAUCAAAGGUAAAGGUUCAGCUGGUAAACUGCAGUACCAAGAACAAGAGUAGCGACAGUUGUCCAGUGGUGCUGAAGAUAAGAGCGCGGGCACCACCAGUUCAUAACUCAAGUGCCCUCGACUGCAGAGAGUGGAACCCUUGUGAAUUAGACACAGUCGUUCCUGCCUGGGAGCAGUGGUACUACAUCCUGGUGGAGAGGUAUCUGAGUAAUUCUGACGUCUACUUCCGCAUCGGGGUGCAGGUCACAGAUUGCUCGAAGCUGAAUUUGUCGAAGGAGCGAGCACAGCCCAGCUCCUCCAUGAACAUGCCUCAGUCUUUUGGAACAGCGAUGGGUUUCUCGCUGUCUGAGACGCUCUCGAUGGCAACUCUGCCCGGCCUGUUGCAGAACGCCAGUCACCUGCACACCUCCGAGGACAGCAUCAUUUACCUCGCCCCCACUGCUGACCCCAACAAGUGCUGGCCCAUUCGUCCAACUCUGCGGAACGAGUUGGACACCUUCUCUGUGCACUUCUACGUCUUCUUUGGUCCAAAUAUAUCAAUUCCACCGGACAGGGCGGCUGUGUUUGCCAUCAACCUGAUGCCAGUUUUAGACAGCGGAGGAGUCCUCAACAUGGAGCUCAAGCUCAACAUGUCUGUGCUGAAAGGAGCUAAUGUCACGGUGUUUGGCUGCCUGAACCACGGGAUGCCUCUGUUCUUACGGGACAACUCAUCCCUGAAAUGUGAAUCAGAGUCGGUCGCUGGGUUUUUCCUUUCUGUGAACGCUUCUGCUAACAUCACCAAACUGAGGAUUCCCUAUCCACAGACAGGCACUUGGUACCUCAGUCUGCGCUCCCUGUGUGCCACUGAACAUGGGUUUGAGCCAUGCACCAACGUCACAGCCGAGGUGUACAUGCGCGCAUAUCUGACUCCAUGUAUCAACGACUGUGGGACAUAUGGACAAUGCAAGCUUCUGCGCACCAACAACUACCUUUAUGCUGCAUGCGAAUGCAAAGCAGGCUGGGAUGGCUGGGGCUGCACAGACAACUCAGAGGCAUACUCCUACAGUUUCCAGCUGCUCUCCACCCUGCUGCUGUGCCUCAGUAACCUGAUGUUCGUCCCUCCUGUGGCCAUCGCCAUCCGCAGCCACUACCUGCUGGAAGCUUCAGUCUACAUCUUCACCAUGUUCUUCUCCACUUUCUACCAUGCAUGCGACCAGCCGGGUAUUGUGGUGUUUUGCAUCAUGGAGUAUGAUGUCCUGCAGUUCUGUGACUUCCUCGGCUCGCUGAUGUCAGUGUGGGUCACUGUCAUUGCUAUGGCAAGGCUUAAGUCCAUCAUAAAGCAGGUGCUGUACCUCCUGGGGGCGAUGUCCCUGUCCAUGGCAUUACAGCUGGACCGCCAUGGUCUGUGGAACUUGCUUGGACCCAGCCUGUUUGCCCUAGGCAUCAUGGCAGUGGCAUGGACGGUGCGAACCAUCCGUCGGCGGCGUUGCUACCCGCCCACUUGGAAGCGCUGGGUGUUCUUCCUCUUCCCUGGCACCAUGAUCGCCACGUCCGCCGUGGCCCUCUAUGCCUUCGUGGAGACGGAGGAGAACUACUUCUACAUCCACAGCAUCUGGCACAUGCUGAUCGCAGGGAGCGUGGGCUUCCUCCUGCCACCUCGUGCCAAGCCCGACGCCAAGGUGACCCCACUGAAGCGUAGGCGGGGCUGUGGUUAUCAGCUGUGUGUGAAUGAACAUGAGGAGCUUGGCCUGGUGGACCCUGCCAUCAUCUCCAUCAACAGCAUCUGCACCAGCUGAUAAUUUCCCAGCCUUUGACCUUAAGAGACACUUCAUUGCCUUCUUUUACUUGGGAAACUCACACACGGGAAAUUAAGCCACAGAACUUGAAAAAAAAAAAAAAAGCAAUGUAAAUACUUUAAUGCGUAUGUAACACACUGGAGUUGUUUUUUUGUUUUUCUUUUGCUGUUAUUGUUAUGGUAAUUACUAUCAACACAACUGUUAUUAUUAUUAUUAUUAUUAUCUAUAGUGAAAGUUGUUCUGAUGAAUCGUAGGUGUACAGUGACACACUGUUGUUUGUGAAUAUGUAUUUAAAGUCAAAGCUGAAACACUGCUGCUAUCUGACGGUGACUGUAAAACUGCUUCUGUCGGUUAUUUAUUGGUGGUCUUGUAAACAGGCCAAUUAUUUUACUGUGGGGCACAGGUCAGGGGCUGACAUAGAGACACGGUGGGUGGGCAUUUAUCAAGGGCACGGCUUUUUCUGAAAUUAUUUUGGAAUAUAUCUUUUGCACUGAGACACAAAAAAUGUCAUUCUGUACAUUUUUUAUAACAAUACCAACGACAGUGGGCAUCACAAAUGUAAAACCUAGUAAUCAAGUAGAAUGUCUUUUUUGCAACUGUAAUGUACUGCUUUUACACAAGUGUGCUGAUUGUUCUUUUUGGGAACUAUUCCAAAGUCCAGCUGUCUGUUGAAAGAGAUGAGUGUGUGUGUGAAUGUGUGUGUGUGU